UGGAAUUUAAACUGGGAAAUGUAUUCCUCCGCGAUUUUUAUGAAAUUUACGAAUUUGUAAUAAUUAAAUCAUAUUUGUAAAUAAUCAUUUGUUCGUGUAUAAUUUGUACUGCAGACUUUACGACGGUUGAAAUAGUUUUGCAUUUGCAAGUAUCAAAUCAAUGAGAUCAUAGUUGAACAUUUACAAUAAUAAAAUGAAACCAUUACUUUUAUUAUCAUUUCAAAUGUUUACAUUUAAAUAAUGUAUUUUAAUCACUUAAAUUAUUGACAUACUACAAGUACAGUAAAAAAAAGCAAUUUAUUUAUUUUUAAUCAUGUGGAGAUGUUAUUAUACAGAAGAAAAUGUAUAAAUGUGGAGUGUUGAAUAAUACAAGAAUUUUGAACAAUCAAUCAUUUAAGUAAUUAAGGUAUUUAUACUUAUUAUAUAUUGUUAAAAAUCAACAAUGGAUUCCGAUAGCAGUGAUAUGGAUGAUGAAUAUGGUCAACUUAAGUUAUGCCCAGCAGCCCUAGGCUUACAACCGGUAAACAAAAAAAAUAUUCCUAAACCUAUUGAUUCAUCAAGUGCUGGAAAAGAUAAACUAAAUAGAAGAGGUAUGCCAGUACGUAUAAGAAAAAAAAACAAAUUGUUUUUUGAUGAAGAAGUCUUUAACACUUCAAAAAACCCAUCGGUGAAACAAGAACGUAUGAUGUACCUAAAUUCACCUAAGAAACAAACUCCAAAAAAAUCUGAAGUCAAAGUUGAGCCUAAAACACCUAAAACUCCUAAACAAGAUAAAAUACAAAAUCAAAAAUUACAAACUCCAAAAAUGUCUGUUAAAACUACUCCGACUAUUAAGCUAAAAACUCCUAAUGUUAAAACACCCGUUAAAAGUAUCACAAAAAAAUCUACUGAAAAUGGUAUUUCUAAACCGAAAAUUCAAAAACUUGAGACUCCUAAAAAUGUAGUAUCUAUUUCUAAACCAAAAUCAGAUACUGUAGAUCGAAAGCGAUGUCAAAAAGUUGGUCUGAAACUACGUAAAAUUUUUCAUUUACCAAAAGCAAAAAAUUGGAUUUAUUAUGAGUGGUUUUACAGUAAUAUUGAUAAACCUCUGUUAUAUGAAUCUGAUUUUAUGAUGUGUGUGCAAGACUUUUUCCCUUCUUUUAAAAUUAAAACAAUGACUAGGAGGGAAUGGUGUUUGUUACGACGAAUGAUGGGUAAACCUCGGAGAUGUUCUCAAAAUUUCUUUGAUGAAGAGAUUCGUGAGUUAGACCGAAGAAGAAAAAAAAUUAGACUCUUACAACAAAGGAAGGCUAGAGAUGAGGGUUUAUUUAAAGAUAUACCCGAUGAAAUACCACUUCAGCUUACUGUAGGCACUAAAGUCACAGCUAUGCUACGAAGUAAAGCUGAGGAAGGCUUAUUUAAUGGUACAAUUGAAGCUUUAGAUGUUUCUAAUAACACUUAUAGAAUUCAUUUCGAUAAACCUGGUUUAGGUACACAUUCUGUUCCUGAUUAUGAAGUAUGUUCAAAUCAACCAGCAGAAACAAUUUCAAAAAAUUUGUUACUUCAAAUGUGUCGUCCUCGAAUACCUUACCAUAACCGUUCUAUAUCGCCAGAAUCUAAAUUAGAAACUGUGAAUAUUGAACAGAACACUGAGGUGCAAUACUCGAUGAAACUUUUAGAAUCAACAGUAAAGUUUAGAAAAAUUUUGACUGCUAAAAAACAAUAUGUCCAAACAUUACGUAAUAUGAAUUCUGAGGCAGAAAGAAUGACACUGUACAAUGAGGAAAUCACACCAGAUUUUCAAAGUCGUUAUGCUAAAAUUGUUUUAGAAUUAGAUAAUUUAAACCUUAAUUUAACUUCUGUCAUGUGCGUGCUAAGUGAAGAAAUUAAAGUAUUAGCCCCUGAAGAAGCCGAAACAUGGCCGUUAAUCACGGAUUACUUACAAAAUCAGUCAUUUGAUGAAGCUGAACAAAUGAUUGAACAAAAUAAAGAAGUGACAGAAGCUCGUUUUGUGGCUGAUGAUCAACCAAUGUUAGCUUUAAUCAAAGAUUUAUUAGCACUAAUGCUUCAGGUAAAAACAUUAACUGAAAAUGAACCUACGGCCUAUGAAUUGGAUGCUUUAAAAAGAACUAUGGUUGAAAUAAAACUCAAACUCAGUCAAUCCAAUCAAAAAUCAUUUGAAAAUUGUGUAGAAAUUCAUAUGCAGCAAAUUCAAUCUAGUUUAGAUACUUACCAUACUUUAUCUUCAAGUAGUAGAAAAUAGCAUAUAAUUUCUUAGAAGUAUGUUAUAUUUGAUUAAAAAAUAUAUAAUUAAUUAGGAAUUUUAUAAAAUCAAUGAUACAUAUUUUAAAGAUAAAAAUUGUUGUUGUUUUAGCUUUGAUGCAAUAAUAGCUGAGAUAUUUUUUUAGUUUUUAUAUUUAGUUACUUAAUAAAUCAAAAUUAUGAAUCGGGUUUUCUUUAAAUUUUAAUUCAUUUGUGUGAACUGAUUAAUUUUGGCUUAUUAAAUAACUAAUUAACGGCUUAACUGUAUACAUAAUAAAUUAUAAUAUCAUUGUAUUAAAUAUAUAAUGUAAC